AUGCCGCCCUCAAAUACUCGUCCCAAGAGGGCUCGAAGGGAAGUCGCUCCUGCUGCCGACAUCCCCGACUCCUCCCCCUCGAGGCCUGCAAAGAGAAGAAGAAGAGUGGCCGAAGCACCAAGGCCAACGCCAGCGCCAGAACCAGAACCACUCCCUAGGGAUCGCGAGGGGAUUCGAAUGGAGGACGAAGAAUUGAUUGCGUCUAUCAUCCCCUACCUUCGUAUGCCGAACCAUGAGGUACAAGCUAGUACAGACCACGCCAAUGUCGUAUACGAAAAGCUCAACAAAGACGGUGUCCAGGCGUACGCAAAGCUGGCAGGAAGGGACUGGACUUACUAUGUUAAAAACUUGAGAAAUGUCAUCGGCCGCCCUCCGGAGGUCACUCAAUCUUCGAAGAACAACACUCCGGAACUUAAUGGUGCGCCAAGCGAGAACGUCGACGAAGAUGUCGUCCAUAUUGAUUUGGGACCUGUCAAGAUGGUGUCCCGAAUCCAUGCUGAGAUCACUUUCGACACUGAGGAUGAGGAGAGAUGGGAAAUUGUUGUCCAUGGCCGCAAUGGCAUUCGCAUCAACGGUGCUCCCCUUCGAAAGGGCGAAUUUCAUGCUCUUGUCAGUGGAGAAGUGAUAGAGGUUGCUGGUGUAGAGAUGAUGUUUGUGCUGCCUCAAGAAGGAAGGAAUCUGCAAGUCAAAAAAGAAUAUCUUGCCAGAGCUGGCCUCAUCGACCCUUCAGCUGCCAAUGACUCCGAGGAACAUGGAGGGAAUACAACCUCUUCAGCACCGUCAUCUUCCGCGCAAACUGUACGCGGUCAGAAUGGUGCGGGACCACUGCCAAUUGCUCCAGCGCCUCCGGAUUACCGACGUCCAGGUACACCCGUCAGCGCUCGCAGCAAUGUGAAGUAUACGGCUGGAAAAUCUCCAUAUGCUGGUGGCACAAUGAUGAUGAAUGCCGAUGAUGUGGAUCUAGCCUUAGAGUCCAACCAUCACAUCAAACCCUCCUACAGUUAUGCACAAAUGAUCACCCAAGCUAUCCUUGAUACGGAGGAAGAGAAGCUGAACUUGGCUGGUAUCUACGCUUAUAUCCAAGAUAAGUAUGCAUACUAUAGGUUCCAAGUUGCAGGCGGAUGGCAGAACUCUAUCAGACAUAACCUGUCUCUGAACAAGUCCUUCCAUAAGGUAGCACGGGAAACCGACGAACCUGGUAAGGGCAUGAAGUGGUGUAUCAAAGCCGAAUGCCGCGACGACAUGGCAAAAACUUGUUGGAAAGGCGGACGAGGUGGCCAUCGAGGCUCUUCCGCACCUAGCUCACCCGCCAAUCUCUCUUACCGAGCCAAGGACUCAGCGAAGAAGCGUUCACCAAAACGUUCACCAACGUCCAGAUCACCCACGUCACGGUCUUUCCCAGAUAAUGCCCCGCAGUUCACCCCAGACCGAUCAGGACAGUCCAUGCAUGACCUGCCUGGCGACGGAAGCCCACUUCCCCGCCACCGCAAGAUAAACCAUAGCCAGUUCGGUCUCUCUGACAACUCUCCAGCUUCUCCACCUGUUCUGACUUCUUCAUACAUGCAAGAAGAGGGCCCUGCGUUGGUCACGCCAGCUCCAGCUCGAGUCCAUCCACGUUUAGCUCCGCCAUCUACAGCUCAGCGGCCAAGCCAACACAUGCCGACUAGCUCUCCUGCCCCUUUCUGGAAGUACGCCGAGUUUGGAAACACGCCCAUGAAAGGCGUCGGUCUGGACUCAAGCCCAAUUAAAGGAGGCGCCGCCCCUCUCCCACCAAGCAGCAGUCCUGCUCCUUCUCGUAGCCCUUUUAGAAACGGCAGUCCUGCGAAGCAGACAUCUGCUCCCGAGUCUGAGGAGGUCGAGGAGGAGGAUGAGGGUUUUGAUCUCACCAAAGGUUUCCAGAGCAUCGGUUCAUUCCACGCUCCCGUCAGUAACGGUCUCCCUGUUGCUCCUGCGACACCUGCUAUCAACAGCUCUUAG